CAUAGUACAUAGCCUAAAAGGUAGAGAAUGUUUAUUUUGAGUUAGCACUUGUACUGCUCUCACUUGUUGCAGCCUGAUUUAGACCUCAGUUAUGAGGUGCCCGCUGUCCUAAGUGAGGCUGAUGAGAGCUGGGAAGGCGAGAGGAGGCGCAGACAAAGGAAAAGAAGAGCAAAAGGGAGAGGGACAAGAGUAGAGCGUGCAGGUCUUGGUCCAGGAGACAAAGAGCAGAGAGAAGGAGAGAAUUUAGAGGGAGGAGAUGGACCAGGUGGAAGAGGCCAGAGAGCUGGAAGAGAGAGUGCAGAUGUUUCAGGUGGAAAAGGAGAGAGUGUGGGCCCUGCACCAGGUGACAGAGGCCAGAGAGGUGGAAGAGGCCAGAGGGGUGGAAGAGGCCAGAGAGGUGGAAGAGGCCAGAGAGGUGGAAGAGGCCAGAGGAGUGGAAGAGGCCAGAGAGUUGGAAGAUGUCAGAGAGGUGGAAGAGGAGAUAAUGCAGUUCCAAGUACUGGAGUUGGCAGCAGAGGAAGGAAAGGGAAAGGAGGCAGAGAUGCAGAGGAAGAGAACAGAGUUCAGAUGAUCCAAAUUGACCGAAGGGUCCGGACAGAGGCACUCAUUCAGGGCAUGAGUGAAGUGAGGCUACGAGCACUAGCAACCCAGGUCUUCUCCCGGAAUCCUGGAUUAGUUUUUGAUGCACUUCCUCCAUUGGACAGCACAACCCCACCUAACGCUGAUCUUCCAUGGUGCACCUGUGGGAACUCCAGGGAAAUGGCCACAGACGCUGAAAGGAAAUGCUGUGGCCAGGGGCCUGACUACUGCAUCAGCAAAUUGGCACAUUUUGAUCUGUAUUGUCUGGAAGAUGGUUAUUUGCGUAUUCACAGAGAUUACAGAAAUGAUAUGUUGGUGGUAGCUGAAGUUAUAGAGCCAGGAGAUGAUAACAGACAAUUUAGGUAUGCUGCUUAUCGUCAAUACAUCUUUUGGCAGCAUGGGUCACUGGGUCUGGGUAACUGUCGUGUUAUUCCCAGCUGCUGUAUAUGGAAAAUAAGGGACAAAUACCCUGACCCCCAAGUCCAGUACACUGGCUUUGU